GGAAGUGGGAGGCGUCCGGCGGAGUUUGUGUGGCGGCCGCCGCGGGAACGGGAGUGAGCGCGGUAGUUUUUUUUUUUUCUUUCUUUUUGCCAAGGGAGCAAGGCGGCUUGGCGGGGCCCGGCGGAGUGGGAGCGAGCGUCAGCGGCCGUCUCCCGGCGUGAGAGGCGGCAUGGAGGACGAGCGGGGCGGGCAGCGCGGCGGCGGCGGCGACGCGGCUCAGCAGAAGACGCCGCGGCCGGAGUGUGAGGAGCCGCGGCCGCUGAGCGUGGAGAAAAAGCAACGAUGUAGACUUGAUGGCAAAGAAACAGAUGGAUCUAAGUUCAUUACCUCCAAUGGAAGCGACUUCAGUGACCCAGUUUACAAAGAGAUUGCAAUGACAAAUGGUUGCAUUAAUAGAAUGAGUAAGGAGGAACUCAGAGCCAAACUUUCCGAAUUUAAGCUUGAAACAAGAGGGGUCAAGGAUGUCCUAAAGAAGAGAUUGAAAAACUACUACAAGAAGCAGAAGCUGAUGUUGAAAGAAAGCAGUUGUGUGAACAGUUACUAUGACUACAUUUGUGUUAUUGACUUUGAAGCCACUUGUGAAGAGGGGAACCCAGCUGAGUUCUUACAUGAAAUCAUUGAGUUUCCUGUUGUUCUGUUGAAUACGCACACCUUAGAAAUAGAAGACACGUUUCAGCAGUACGUAAGGCCAGAGGUUAACUCACAGCUGUCAGAUUUCUGCGUCAGUCUUACUGGAAUUACUCAGGAUCAGGUAGACAAAGCUGAUGCUUUCCCUCAGGUCCUGAAAAAGGUAAUUGAGUGGAUGAAGUCAAAGGAAUUAGGAACUAAGUACAAAUACUGCAUAUUGACAGAUGGCUCCUGGGAUAUGAGUAAGUUCUUGAACAUCCAGUGCCAGCUCAGCAGGCUCAAAUACCCUCCUUUUGCUAAAAAGUGGAUCAACAUUCGAAAGUCAUACGGAAACUUUUAUAAGGUUCCUAGAAGCCAAACCAAACUGACAAUAAUGCUGGAAAAAUUAGGAAUGGAUUAUGAUGGGCGGCCUCACAGUGGUCUUGAUGACUCUAAGAAUAUUGCUAGAAUAGCAGUACGGAUGCUUCAGGAUGGAUGCGAACUUCGAAUCAAUGAAAAAAUACAUGGAGGACAGUUGAUGAGUGUGUCAUCUUCCUUUCCAGUAGAGGGCGCUCCAGCUCCACAGAUGCCACACAGUAGGAAGUAGCUACAAUUUUUGUCUGGAUAAGUUGCUGCAAAGGGGUAGCAGAUGAAUGCUUCUGAGCUAGUCAGCCGUCAAGCACCUUAAACAUGUAAAAUCUUACUACACUUACAGACAGAUGGGUAUGUGUACAAACAUUUUGUGGGAGGACACACAGUUCCUUGUCACCAGCACUUUUGAUAUGAGCAGUAUUUGUUAUGCAGUAGCCAUUCCUGCUUAGAACCAAGUUUUAUAAUAAUGUGCCCAAGUGUGUCCCUCUGGUUUUAAAAUGCAAAGUUUUAUUGGUCCAUUCCUUGAGGGUCAUGUCUUACUGAUGUUGAGAUUUGGCAUGAAUUUCUACAUUAACACCAUUAAACGAAAUAUCCUUUUAGAAGUGUGGAAAGCAUUGAAGAGCAGUGUGCUUUCUUUCAUGUACUACAUAGUUCUUUUAAUUUUUGAAGUUUGCAGGCGAAGUUCAACUGCAGUUAUCCUCUCUGUAUCAUUGAGGGGUUUGUCCCAGGAAUGCCACAUGGGUACCCAAUUCUACAGGUGUUCAAAUUCUAUAUAAUGUUUGUAUAUAACCUACACAUAUUCUCCUCUAUAUUCUAAUAAUCUCUAGAUAGCUCAUACAUAUAAAGAAAUGGUUGUCUUAUUUAGAAACUAAUGACAAGAAUAAAAGUCUACAAAUUGGUGCAGACACAACCAUAGUAGGCCUCACCACAGAGCAUAUGAAGAGCUUAGGUUGCUCGGCCAACACCAGCUGGAAAGAAAUCAAGCAUGUGAGUUGGUGGAGGCCACAGCAAUUGUCCUGUGCACCACACAUUCUGGUCUAUUUCACUUAGUGCUUUCUGGGCAGCAAAUUCAGGUAGCUGCUUCUAAAGGUGUCUACCACCAAGCUUGGCAACCUGAGUUUGAUCCUCAGGACCCACAUGGUGGACUGAGAAUCAACUAUAGAAUGUCCUCUGACCCUCUACUGGCACACAGUUGGAAUUGAGCCCACACAUAGACACACAUGUAAUAAAGUCCUGGGACACAUCUGCCACUUUCAUCUCAUAACUGGAAACCAUGUAAUAGAUUCCAGGGUCUAGUUAAAAUCCAGAUAAUGAGAUUAAUGAGAAGGUAAAAGAACCAGCCUAGUGGCAUACACAUGUAAUCCCAUUACUCAGGAGUUAAGGCAUAGCUGAAUCUGAAACCACCCUGGAUCACCUAAGAGAACCCAACUCCAAAAUACAAGUAAAAAUUACAAGUGAAAUUAUGAGCUAUAACAUCCAAACCAAUGGGAGCUUUUAGACAUUUGUUCAUUAGCUUCUCUCUCCAUUGUGAAUGUGUAUUUGCCCACUUUGAGAUCAACUUACAGCUCAUAUGAACAUUGGCAUUUGUGUUCAGUACUGUGGGGUCAAGUGUUUUAUCUUAGUGACCAGUAUAUAUCGGAAAAUAAUUCCUAUUUCUAAAAUCAAAAUGUACUUUGGAGAAAAUGAUGUAAAACUGUCUAGAGACUGAAAGUGUGAACUUUUAGAAUUAAACCCUUCUCAAGCUUUUCAUGGACCAGUUUCACUGAUACCAAUUGUUUUUUAUGUUCAACCUUUAAUAGUAACUGUGAUGCCACAUUAUUUCUGUAGUUGAUGCAAUCAGGUAGAUUUUGUCAUGUUUUCCAACCAGUAGACGUGCCUGGUGGAAUGAGAAUGCGCUACAUAGACUUGUGGUUUAUUGAGCCAGUGAACUUCUGUGUGGAAGGAAAGGAAUGGAAAAUAGCACGUCAUUGUGAGCGACAGGCGCAGGCCUGCUAGGCUUACUCUUCCUUCAGGUGAUUUUCCCACACAAGCCAUUUGACAAAGGGCAGGUUCGUGCCCUAGAAAAAUAAUUGCUUGUCACCUGGAUGCAUAGUUGCUACUGAAUAGCUGAAACUACAGUUGGAAAAUUGGAGAAUAGCAGGAAAUACUAAUGCCUUCCUGGCUUUUUCUGUUUUGUUUUUAAAUUUUUUGUUUUUUUUUAAUCAGGUUGUUUAAAUUUCUGGCAAGUAAUCCCAUAAUCUUUUUUGUACUUUUUAAAGAAUUUCAACAAUACAAGUUUUUACAAUUCUUUUGACUCUACUAAGUGUUUUGCCAUCUUUACUCACAUUUGAGUCUCCACCAAGCCCCUCUGAUUUUAUUUUUCUUCUGCUGUGAUGGCGUGUCUUUAAGGUAUAGAAUCAGGUGGUUCUCGGGAGGAAAAUUCUGAACAAUGACUGCCGUUGUAAGUAAAGAUAUUUGUACUAUUUGAUUCUUGUUACUGCUAUAACAUGUUAUGCUGAUAGUAAUAUUUACUAAUAGUUACCUUUGCUUUCUCUUUAGUUGUCAGUAGCCAUAUUAAUUUCCUUUUACUUGGUUGGGUGCAUUGAGAUUUUUUUUCUGUGUCAUUUCCAAAUCCACACCAACCUGUAUAUAUACUCAGCCAUGUUUUGUCUGAUUUUUGUCCUUCAUGUUUGUAUUAAAUACUGACAUUGACUCUCAAAA